GAAAUAAAAGUUAAACCCCGCUACUGCGUCGAAUCGCAGCGCGUGCGUUAAAAGAAAAAAAGGGGUGGGGGCGACCGCUGAGAGCGCAGGAGCGCGCGCUCCCUCCAGUUUAGUGCCACCCCGCGCGCCCUGCCGCGUGCUGCCACUCCGGAGUUCAUUUUUUUGGAGACCUCGGAUAGAGAUUCGCGCGUCUUGUUAUAAGCCUCACCCCUCAUGCGCGAGCACAGCGAGACCAUCCCGUCCCGGAACGCUUUUAAGGAACCUUAUUACCAUCACUGCUGCUUUUCUACACUUUUUUUUUUUUUUUUUUUUUUUUUUCACUUGUGGGAAUCCCGGUGCAGAAAGAAGGAGCGUGUGUGAGGAGUGAGGAGAGAUGCUCCGGUGGAAGUAAAGACCGGCGUGUGGGUCUGUAAUCAGUGAACUGCUUCAUACACGCGCACACGCGCGCGCACACACACACACGGACACACACACACACACACACACACACACACCGCGCGCUGGCUGGAAACGCGAAUCGGACCCGCGAUGAUCGUCUCCACGGUUUGCAUGCUGUUUCUACUGCUGGACGUCGUGCUGUCCGCAGAAAAGUCCGCGUUUGCUGCAGCGAGCCGGACGGACUGUGUCGGAGCCAGCGAGCUGUGCUUAAAGGAGCCGGGAUGCAGCACCAAGUAUCGGACUAUGAGGCAGUGUAUAACGGGGAAGGAGGGCAACAUCAGCGCCGAGGGGAGGGACGAGUGCCGCAGCGCCCUGGACGCGCUCAAGCAAAGCCCCCUGUACAACUGCAGGUGCAAAAGAGGCAUGAAGAAGGAGAAGAACUGCCUACGCAUCUACUGGGGACUCUACCAACAUUUACAAGGAAAUGAUUUCCUGGAGGAAUCUCCUUACGAGCCCUUGACUAGCCGUGCAUCAGAUAUAUUCCGAUUGGCGCCCAUCUAUUCAGAGGGAGACACAAACAGCGCCCCCUGGAGCUCUCCAGCGACCAUGACGCCGGCCCAAAACCCUGGUAGAAACAAGAGAUCAAACCCCGCUUGGGCUGUUCUGGGUGACCCUGCUCUGGCCAGGGAGAACAACUGCCUCAACGCAGCCAAGGCGUGCAACCUGAACGACACGUGUAAGAAGUACCGCUCGGCCUACAUCAGCCCGUGCACGAGCCGGGUCUCCACGGCCGAAGUGUGCAACAAGCGCAAGUGCCACAAGGCUCUGCGUCAGUUUUUCGACAAAGUGCCUGCCCGACACAGCUACGGCAUGCUGUACUGCUCGUGUCCUCCGGGGGACCAGUCGGCCUGCUCCGAGCGCCGGCGCCAGACCAUCGUCCCCGCAUGCUCCUAUGAGGACAAGGAGAAGCCCAACUGCUUGGCAUUGCAAGUCUCCUGCAAGAGCAACUACAUCUGCAGGUCACGUCUAGCGGAUUUCUUCUCCAACUGUCAGCCCGAGCCACGUUCUCUUUCUGGCUGUCUGAAAGAGAGCUACGCUGAUUGCCUACUCUCCUACUCGGGCCUCAUUGGUACGGUGAUGACCCCAAACUACCUGCGAUCCCCUAAAAUCAGCGUGUCGCCGUUCUGCGACUGCAGCAACAGCGGCAACAGCAAAGAGGACUGCGAGCGGUUCACAGAGUUCUUCACGGAUAACGCCUGUCUGCGUAAUGCCAUUCAGGCGUUUGGAAACGGGACAGAUGUGAGCGUGUGGCAUUCGGCUCCAGUGCAGAGCACCACGACCGUGAUCACUCCGUCACACAGAGGUCGAGGACGUGAGAAAUCACCCAACUCCCUGGAGCCGGACUCGCACGGCAACCACCUGAACCCCGGAGACGACCCGCUGUAUCAGUUUUGUGGAAGCCUGCAGGCACAGAAGCUGAAGUCCAACCAAACAAUAGGAGUGGUAUGUGUGGACCCUCAGAUCGACAACCCCAGCUCCUCCAACUCCCUCUCGGGGAACUCAGCAUCCCCGUCAGUCUUCAGCACCCUGCUCCUCCUGCUGCUCAGCUCUUUGCACUGCUCCCUGGCAGUCCUGCCACCCAACCUGGCACCGCUGUUGUAGCCACCUGGCCAAUGCAACACACGGACGCUCGUAAUUUGUAUUUUAAAAAAAAAAAUAUCUCCGAUAUAUAUGUUCCAGGUCUACCUGUUGUAAUCACCUUCUCUCACUGUCUCCUCUCUGUAUUUUUACAGCUCUGAGUUUUAUGAGCUUCGGUUUAUGCGGAAAAGUGAUUUCGUGUGUAAUUCGAGUUUUCGGCCCGUUCCCCCGUCGGGAUUUUUCCCGUACCUCGAAAAAGGAUUCGAGCCGAACCGCAAUCUGGUCUCGAGGGCGAGAGAUCAUUUGCAACGGUGGUCAAGAUGAGCAGCUUUCUUAAGUGUUUGACGAAUCUUAUGUGUGUUUUUUGCAUACGUCGUGUACGGUAUGAUAUGCAUCGACUUCUAACUGGCACACGAAACAGAGGCUUUCUGGGAGGUUUUGUCAGUUUCACACCUCCCCCCCCCCCCCCCCCCCAUUCUUAGCAUAAACACAUAACGUCAGAGACUUGGAGUAACAUUUGGAGGCACACACAAAGUCCAAGGAUGAUUUGGGUUGCUGGCAUUUCUGUUGUGCAUGAUUAUUCUUAUAAAACGAUUGCUUUCGAAGUUUUAAUCUGAAUUUUUUAUUUUUUUUUUGGGUUGCAUAGCUAUUCCUAUGUGUACAGUAUAUAUUUUGAGAUCCUACUUUUUUGGGGAGUGUCUGAAAGAGUGGGUUAUAGUGCCUGGGUCAGUUUGGCAGUGCCGGUUAAAACGCACCGAGCAGAGUGCCUCCAAGUCUAUUAACAGUCACCAGUGCUGUAUAUGAUUUCCUCAAACGCUUAUAUUCUCUCAUAUGAAGCUUCACUGUAAUUGUAGCCGUCACCGGUCCAAACUCAUCCGUCCUCAGAGUGCACAUUCAUAAUGCCUUUGCAGUGUAGACCGUGCUCGGACCCUUUGCGUCCAAAUGAAAUACUCGAUGUAUAUUAUAGUGUUCUUUUGUUUUUUUGUUUUUUUUGUAUCGUAAUUCCAGGCAUUACAGAAAGAGGCUGCGUUAUGGCUGUACGCUCUAAUCGGAUAAGAAGGUUCGACUUUCCUUUGAAACGAACCAGAAAAGCGAUGCACACUCAAAGCAUGUGCAGAUUGAACAGCUGUUGCACAUUUGAAGCAUUUAUGACAUGAUGUUUGGCUUGUUUUUUUUUUGUUUUUUUAAACUGAAAACAACAAGAAACGCAGAAGCGCAUCGCUCUCUUUAUUUACAGGGCAUCCAGAUCUUAAGAGACGUAUUUACUUAAAAACAGACUGAGAAAAUAAAUACGGAUUUUGAUCGGAUAUUGCAACGUCUUAUCCUACUGCAUAAGGUCAUAAUGACUUGUUUAGAUAAACAUAUACACACACACACACACCGUAUAAAAGAAUAGACGCCACCUAUAAUGACUGCUGCCCUAAAGUGUACUACAGAGAUUUAAUGGAAUACUAUUGUUUAAAUGGUGUAAAAAAAAAAAAAAAAAAAAAGAAAGAAAAAAAAGAAGGGAAAGUAAAGGAGGGGACAAUCUCUUAUUUUUGUAUCUUUUGCAUUGUGAAGUUGAUUUAUCACAAAACUUUUGCCCAUGCCUUGUAACAAAGUUAUAUGGGUUAUAACUGUUGCAUUAAAGGUUUUAGAGAUGGCAUUAGCAGGUCUAGAUGGGCAUUUUAGGGGCAGAUGCAUUGCCCUUCUGUGUAGUAAGGGCUACACUGAGUGUACAAAACACAAUGCUUCUGGAUAUUACAAUGCAAUUUCUGACUACUUGACUUCUCAUUAUGGCCAUCUGCUAACCUGCACAAUUCAUUUCUCUUUCUUUUUCUUUUUAAAUCUUCUGCCACAAUCCAUUGGCAUUUUUUCUUUUAUUAUUAUUAUAUUUUUGAUAUAAAUUCAAUUUCAAUACUGGAGAAUGUUAAUACCAAGAAGUAUUAAGAUGUAUAAAAAUAGCCAGCACUGUUUUACUUAUCCUACAAAAAUAUUUCAGAUGUGUCCUUAACAUUGGAACACCUAUACAGGCAAAUCCAGAAUUAUUGGCACCCUCCUUGAAAGUGAGGGCUGUUACAGUAAGCUUGAACAUAGAGGAAUGCUAUAGCUGUAGUUUUAUUUUAAAGUCUGUUUGUUCCUAUUUAAUAUGUACAGCAGUUACAAAUUUUGAAGUACAAGUGCUACAUUUUCCACGUUAGUUAUUUUAGGGGUUAAUUCAUGGUUAUAAAUAACAUAAUUUGAAGGUUUUUUGUUUGUUUGUUUCAUUAUGCACCGACACUUAACGUUACCGCUUUUAAUUAGCGCCACAGACUCACGCCACAGUCCGUUUUCAACCUGAAUCAAAGCUUUAACGUAUACUUCUCUGUUCAGUCGUCUUUAAAUGCCCCGUUAUCACCCCUUCCCCCCCCUUCUUUCAUGAGCUGGCUUCAGAUAAAUAUUUUACAUACUUGCGUAACUGCAUGCGAUUGGCUGCAACAAGCCACAACAGAGGAUGUGUUACAGAAACUUACCGAAGGUUCAUGUAUAUAAUCGUUGCGUAUGUUUAUUUUAUACAAUUACUUGUAUAUCUUUUGACAUAUAUUUUUGGAUAUUCUCUUGACAAGUGCUAAUAAUUCUGGAGUUUAGUCGUACAGUAGCUAGCUCGUAUUCUCACGUGUCGAGGCUUAAAAGUUCCCAGUACUAAAGCCGAGAACACAGCACGUCUCAAAUUGUUACAGGAAUAUUCGUCAUUCUUGUCGUUUCAAGUUCGGUCUUAAAAGGUCAUUUGUAAAAAAGAGUUUUCAUCCCUUUUUCAGAUUCUUGGUACUGAGAAACAACCUCUUCGCCUAACUUCAUUUACACUAAUCAAAGUGGAUGUACCAGGGAAAAAUCAAGUGGAGAUUAUAGUAUUAUCCAGCUAAUCAGUUUCUGGAAAUAAGCACACUUUUACAGUGUUCUGCACACUCAGUGUAUGCUGCAAAAUUGGUUCUGCUUUGUGCAAAUUUGGGUCAGAACAUGGUAAAGCAAAAAUAACAACAACAACAACAACAACAAUAAUAAAUCUUACACACCCACAUUAUACCGGUUGAUAAAAUGAACGACUUGUUCUUGUUUAUAAAUAAAAAGGUUUCCCCCUCUGACAUAUUUCUUCCUAGCUUGUGAAAAUGUACAAAUAAAUAUUCUAUGAAAACUGAUUAAAAUGGUGACUCAUCCAA